AUGUGGACUUUUGUAUGGCUGUUCGUACUGGAAUCAGUCGUUAUUUCAGCAGCAAAUGCUGCAACAAUCGUCAUAUUCACCAGAACACGCCGUCUUCACAGAAAACACUACAUUAUGAUUAUMAGCCAGGCUGUAGCUGAUUUCUUCGUAGGCGUUGUGUCUAUUCCAGCGUUUACUKCUUGGUCGAUAAUACAGCAAGGCGAUCGCGAUGUUAACUCGUCCAUAUUUGGUUUAGUUUUUUAUGCUCAAGAUAGUUUCUUUGGCGGAGCUUCYUUAUCGGGUUUGGCAGCGUUGGCCAUUGAACGAGCACAUGCAACAUACUUCCCCUUCAGGCACUCCACACUAGGUAAAGGRCCGUACAUUAUCGGGAUAGUUUUGAUGUGGACUGCUCCACUYAUCGUGCYCGGUCUCGGUUUUACUCUCAAGGRAAAUGAGGUAGCCAAAAAGAUAAUAGAAACAUCAGUAUUGGGGGUCACGCUAGUGAUAAUAUCAGUUGCUUAUUCACUCAUCGUUMUGAAAGCCCGCUCCACAACAACUCAUCGUCCUCAUGAUWUAAAUAMGCAAGAGAACAAGAAACUKACUGUCACGCUUGCUGUUGUUACUAUUCUAAGCUUGAUCACGUGGCUGCCUUCCUCGUUCGUGAUAGCURUUGGUUAUAAUAAAGUUUCUCCUUUCGCUUCCUUCCCUGUGAAAUUCCUUCAUUAUGGCAACUCUCUCGUCAACCCUGUUGUCUAUGCGUUUCGCAUGCGCGAAAUAAAAAGAGAAAUCUUACGAGUACUUCACAAGUGUUGUCGCACUAAUCGAAUUUCAAUAAAYGAAUGA